AUGGCCAGCGUACGAACCAGCGGCGAUUCACAAGCUGCCGCGGGACGUGAUCGCGAAGAUCUUUUCGCAUCUGUCCGUCGCAGACCGGUGAGCGCAGCCGAGCUCCGCUUCGUGCUGCGCCGCUUCCCCCUCAUCCGCACGCUGCGCAUCCGCUUCUUCGGCCCCACCGUGCUUCCGGGGGCUCCGCGGGAGCAGCGCGCGGAGGACCGCCACCACAAGCGCCCGGGCGGGGGGAGAGUGCGGGCGGGGGGAGUAACAGGGGCUGGGGACGGCGGAACAGAAGCAGCGGGAGGCGGCACAAGGGCAGGGGGAGGCGGAACAGGGGCCGCUACUACUAGGGGAGGAGAAACGCCGCGCCAACCUCAAGCUGCCGCCGUGGCGGGCUCCGCUCCGCCUGCCCCCUCUUCUCCGCCUGCCCCCGUCCCCGCGUUUCCUAUCAGCGACGCGGAUGUUCUCGACGGGUCAGCUAUCGUGCGGCUUCUCUCCCUCAACACGCCGUUGCAGAUCCAACAGGUGGCCGGCACGCAGGUGGAAUACCUCUCCAUCUGUAACUGCGGGGAGUUUGAGGUUCACCAGGGGUUAAAAACAUACAUGUGUGAUACGAUCACCACGUGGGGGCGCAGUAUUAGGCAUAUCGAGAUGCACGACCCGAUGCCGUUAGCGGACGAGUUUUGGAAAUGCGUGGAGGGUCACCCGAUGCUUAGCAAAGUGACGGUGUAUAACUGCACGCACUUAACGGACGGGUUUCUGCGCCACGUGGCGAAGUGCGCCGCGCUGAAGGAGAUCUCUAUCGCCAGCUGUCCGAACGUGAGUGGCGGCGGGUUUGCUGAGCUGGCGGUGAUGUGUCCCGGAUUGGAGGGGAUGGGCGCUGGGCGGGCGCAUGAGGGUGAGCUGACAACUGAGGGGGACGGAGCAGUGAGGGUAAAUGAGCCUGAUGGGGCGGUAAGGACAAAUGAGGCGGAUGGGUGGGGUGGGGCAGUGAGGGAGAGUGGAGAGGCGCAAGCAGGAGCAGAGGGGAGGGAAGCAGCAGGAGGGCGGGGAGGCAAUCUAGCUCCCUCCUUCCCCAACCUCUCCUCCUUGAAAAUCAUCAACUGUGCGCUCGAUGCACAUUGGCUGGAAAUGUUUGCCGGGCAGCUGCCUGCCCUGCGGAGGCUGACCGUCAUGGCCUGCCCGGACCCGCUCGACCGGUUUUUUCUGACCGCUGCCCGAACAGCUGCCCGGCUGGAGAGUGUUGAGAUUGUUGACUGCGAGGGUGUGAGUGACCGUGGCAUUGUGGCUCUCCUGAAAGGCUGCCCGACAAUCAACUCCCUGACUCUGAGUGGGUGCGAUGCAGGGCAGGGAAACGGAGGAGACGGAGGAGGAGAAGGGGGAGGAGGAAGAAGAGGAGGGAGAGGGGGAGGAGGGGUGGGAGGAGCGGGUGGGGGUGGCAGUAACGGAGCGGCGAGAGUGACGGAUGAGAGUUUACGGGCGGUGGUGGUGCAUGGAGUGGGGUUGCGAUCGCUGCACCUCAAGUGGAGCCCCGGCUUUACUGGCCUGCAGCUUGCUCGGGAUGUGCUGGGCUCUGUUCGUCCGGUGUUGUCUGCUCAUGAGUCUGCUCCUGGAGAUCUCAGAGGCAGGACUCAUCCCCCUGGUGCAGUCGUGCCACAGCCUGCACCACAUGUGCUUCUCUGGCUUCCUUUCCUUCCGUCCCUUUCACUCACUCUAUCCUUCCACAUGGUCAUCCCUCUCCUUGUCACAGCCACAGCCUGUAGCACAUGUGCUUGUCUGGCAUCUCUUCCCUCUGAGCCCUUUGCUCACUCCAUCCUCUCAAAUGUCUCCCUUCCCUUCUCUGCUGCCCGCCCACAGGGAGAUCUCAGAGGCAUGCCAUCGCCUGCAGGACUCAAUCUCUCUAAUCCAGGCAUGCCACCGCUUGCAGCACAUCUGCUUCUCUGGCUUCUUUUCUGUUCGAGCCUCUCACUUCAUUUCCCCCCGCUAUCCUCUCACAUGCCCAAUCCUCCCUCCCUCACAGGGAGAUCUCAGAGGCGGGGCUCAUCGCAUCUCUCUAAUCCAGUCAUGCCACCGCCUGCAGCACAUGUGCUUCUCUGGCUUCCUCUCACAUGUCCAUUCUUUCUUCCCUUCCUGCACACCUCCUCCCUCUCCUCUCCCACAGGGAGAUCUCAGAGGCGGGGCUCAUUCCCCUCGUGCAGUCUUGCUUUCUCUUACCUUCCUUAUCCCCCACUGUUCUCAAACGCCCGUUGCCCCCCCUCCCUGCUUUCCGCCCACAGGGAGAUCUCAGAGGCGGGGCUCAUUCCCCUCGUGCAGUCAUGCCACCGCCUGCAGCACAUGUGCUUCUCUGGCUUCCGUGCCACCCACCUCUCUGACCUCCUCCUUCACACCAUCGCCUCGCACUGCCCGCUGCUCUCCACGCUCUCCCUCCGCGCCUGUAACGGGGUUACCACACACGGCGUCGUGCGCGUGCUGCAGGGACCCCUCGUCCUCAUCCCACCACCAUCCCCUACCUAUCUUACAGCAUCCUCUACCUAUCAUGACCUCCUAAGCGCUCAAGUACAUCUCUACUCUACUCUUGCUCCCCCCUCCCCAUAUGCCAUCUGCUCUCCCCCCAUAUGCCAUCUGCUCUCCCCCCAUAUGCCAUCUGCUCUCCCCCCAUAUGCCAUCUGCUCUCCCCCCAUAUGCCAUCUGCUCUCCCCCCAUAUGCCAUCUGCUCUCCCCCCAUAUGCCAUCUGCUCUCCCCCCAUAUGCCAUCUGCUCUCCCCCCAUAUGCCAUCUGCUCCCCCCCAUAUGCCAUCUGCUCUCCCCCCAUAUGCCAUCUGCUCUCCCCCCAUAUGCCAUCUGCUCUCCCCCCAUAUGCCAUCUGCUCUCCCCCCAUAUGCCAUCUGCUCUCCCCCCAUAUGCCAUCUGCUCCCCCCCAUAUGCCAUCUGCUCUCCCCCCAUAUGCCAUCUGCUCUCCCCCCAUAUGCCAUCUGCUCUCCCCCCAUAUGCCAUCUGCUCUCCCCCCAUAUGCCAUCUGCUCUCCCCCCAUAUGCCAUCUGCUCCCCCCCAUAUGCCCUCUGCUCUCCCCCCAUAUGCCAUCUGCUCUCCCCCCAUAUGCCAUCUGCUCUCCCCCCAUAUGCCAUCUGCUCCCCCCCAUAUGCCAUCUGCUCUCCCCCCAUAUGCCAUCUGCUCUCCCCCCAUAUGCCAUCUGCUCUCCCCCCAUAUGCCAUCUGCUCUCCCCCCAUAUGCCAUCUGCUCUCCCCCCAUAUGCCAUCUGCUCUCCCCCCAUAUGCCAUCUGCUCUCCCCCCAUAUGCCAUCUGCUCUCCCCCCAUAUGCCAUCUGCUCUCCCCCCAUAUGCCAUCUGCUACCCCCCAUAUGCCAUCUGCUCUCCCCCCAUAUGCCAUCUGCUCUCCCCCCAUAUGCCAUCUGCUCUCCCCCCAUAUGCCAUCUGCUCUCCCCCCAUAUGCCAUCUGCUCUCCCCCCAUAUGCCAUCUGCUCCCCCCCAUAUGCCAUCUGCUCUCCCCCCAUAUGCCAUCUGCUCUCCCCCCAUAUGCCAUCUGCUCUCCCCCCAUAUGCCAUCUGCUCUCCCCCCAUAUGCCAUCUGCUCUCCCCCCAUAUGCCAUCUGCUCCCCCCCAUAUGCCAUCUGCUCUCCCCCCAUAUGCCAUCUGCUCUCCCCCCAUAUGCCAUCUGCUCUCCCCCCAUAUGCCAUCUGCUCUCCCCCCAUAUGCCAUCUGCUCUUCCCCCAUAUGCCAUCUGCUCUCCCCCCAUAUGCCAUCUGCUCUCCCCCCAUAUGCCAUCUGCUCUCCCCCCAUAUGCCAUCUGCUCUCCCCCCAUAUGCCAUCUGCUCCCCCCCAUAUGCCAUCUGCUCUCCCCCCAUAUGCCAUCUGCUCUCCCCCCAUAUGCCAUCUGCUCUCCCCCCAUAUGCCAUCUGCUCUCCCCCCAUAUGCCAUCUGCUCCCCAUAAGCUUAAAACUCCAUCUCGAAUCCCGCCAUACCACCAGCCAGACUAUUGUCCUGAUCUCAACCCCCGCCGCACUCCACCCUGCCCUGUCCUGUCCUCCUCCCCCCUCUCCCCUCCUCCCCCCCCCUCGGUCCUGCCCCCGGCAACUCCCCCUCCGGCCCUGCCCACGCCCCCACCCCCCCUGCCCUGCCCCCUCCCUCCCCUGCCCCCGCCCCCUCCCCCCCAUGCCCUGCUCCCGCCCCCUUCCCCCCGUGCCCUGCCCGCUCCCUCCCCUGCCCCAGCCCCCUUCCCCCCGUGCCCUGCUCCUGCCCCCUCCCCCCCCCUGCCCUGCUCCCGCUCCCUCCCCCGCCUGCCCUGCCCCCGCCCCCUCCCCCCCUGCCCUUCCCCCGCCCCUGGCCCCAGCCCGCCACAUGAGUCUCCGGGAUAA